UCCUUGUGAACUGGGAAUAAGUCCAGGUUGGUUGAUUGGUUGGUCAUCGGUCAGUCAAUCUGUCUGUCUGUCUGUCUGUCUUUCCUUCCUUCGUCAAGAGCAUAUUAGGCAAUAAGUAUAAGCAUGGAUUGGAUACAUAAAAUAGAUACAAAUAGAAGAAAUAUUAGGUCAGAAAUUGUAGGCAUGCUAGUGCUCUUAUGCACACAUUAUGAUGAUGAUGGUGGUGAUGAUGAUGAUGAUGAUGAUUAUGCAGUUAAAACACGGUUUAAACUGGUUGGAAUGGAUAAAUAGGGGGAGGGAUUGUAAUCAUGGGAAUUGUUGGAAGAAAUGUCCAUCUGGGUUCAGUUCUAAAUGGGUAAAAAGACACUGGAAACAUGGAGACUGCUUGGAAAGAUGGUUUAAUGGUGGACAGGAUUACAUAGUUUGAGUUCCUGAACAGAAAAAGGGCUGAGAUACUGAGUGUGCCUUGCUUUUAUGCCCUCUCUGAGCUUUGAACUUCCUGGGGCACAGGAAGAGUACCCUGAUUGGUUGUCAGACUCCCAGGGGGUGGGAGUCUUAGCUAGCCUUGCUGGCUGAUGUAAUCUUCCCAAGUGCCAUGUGGUGAGUUUCUGUUGCUAGAUGGGUCCUAUUGCGUUGCAGAUGAUGGUCCAUUGACAAAGGUGGGGGGAGGCAGGAAGCUGCAGGGAGUUGCUUUGUCCUUAAAACAUGUUUCUCCAUUUCUUAUCCAGGGAAAUAUAAUAUUCUGCCCUUUUUAAUAUUUUCUAAAAUAUUUCAUUCUUCUAGGAGAGGGGUGGGUGCUAACUUCCUACAUAACCUUGGCCAGAUACCUGGACCUUUGUCAUAUUUUCACCCAGAAAUCUUUGGUUUUAAAGCAUCCCACCCCACCCCCCAAACUCUUCAGCUUUCUGAUCUUUUCUUGAAGUUUAAGAUUGGUCAUUGGCACACCCGCACACUCCUCUUACAAGCAAAACAGAAAGGCAGUUCCCCUUUCUGGGGAGGAGGGCUGAUGAGUUCUGGCUCUAGGGCAGAAAUGGGGAGAAGGGUUUGAAGUUGUCUUCCAGCAGCCGAGCCACAGUGGUCAUCCUGGACUCUCUUUUUUCACUGACCAAAAAGGGCAGAUUAAAACAAAACAAAACAAAAACACUUAAGGGAGAAAACAUUGUUGUUUUCCAAAGAAGGUGCUUCCCUCUAGUGGACACUUUAACAUGUACAACUUUUGGAAUGCAUCCCUUUUAUUUUGCAAGUAGUUUGGAAUCAAGAGCCCUUUCUUAUGCUGUAGCCUGCUCAGGAGUCAGGAAAGGGGAAGGGAAAAGGGAAAGGGAAGAGGGAAAGAAAGACAGGAAAAGGGGGAAGGAUGGCAUUGCAAACUUAGGAACGUUUGAAAAGCGCAGAUCCUUUAGUUCGGGAUGGUGCAUUCCUUAAAACGUAAGCUGAACAGAGUUCACUGUUCAACUUCAUCGAAUGCAUGGUGGUUUGGUUUUGUUGUUUCACUUUUUGGGUUUGCCAUUGCGUGCAUUGAGCUCCUGCUGCCUUCCGAGGGAUCUCCUGGUCUGGGGAAGCCCCUUCCGCCCCAGGGCCCAGGUAUUCUCCACGCGCAGCCCACUGAUGUUGGCAAUUGCAGCGGUCGGGUUCAGUAUUCCCAUGACUUGAGGCAGCCCAUAGCGGGAAAUGUGGCCAUUUGCGGGAUGUUCCUCUGCUUAGGCCGUGGCUCCGGAUGAUGAUAACCCACUCAGGACCAACCCACGAACGUCCCACGACACACGUUCGCCUGGGCUCGAAACAGGCUCGAGUGAAUUGUGACUUGGUGCGAUGUGGGAUCAUCGGCCAUUGUGUUGGCUCCCACUCCUUACAGGGCUUCCUGGAAACCGUUGUGUGGCGUAUUUGCUUGCACUUGCGUGUCAUGUAAACACAGCCCUUGGAUUUGGCUGACCUUGGUUGCAUGAAUUCAGAUGAAAGAAGUGAAUAGGUUUGCAUUUGGCUGGUCUGGACCCAGCAUGAGACAUACUUAUUUUCUUUCUUUCUUUUUAAAAUAUUUAUUGAAUUUCCAAAAGUUAAAAUACAGAAUAUGAAAAAAAGCGCCGUACAAAAAACAAAUAAAUAAUUAAAACAAACAAAGACAAAGGCAUCAAAAUUAUAUUACUCAUAACAGCUUUUCCUACAUCGGUAUCUCUUAUCCUAUUUAACCUCUAUAUACAGAUUCUACUUCUAAGUAUCUCUAUCUUAAACCAACAUUCUUAUUUAAAUUAUCUUAAUCUCUAUUCAGAAUUCAGUCUCAUGACAAAAAUCUCCCUUAAGUUUUAUGCUUACUCUCCAGCCAGGAAUACCAUCUAUUCCAUAUUCGAUAGUAUUCAGUAUCUCCUUCAUUUCCAUCGAUAAUCUGUCCAUUUCUGCACAUUCAUAUAUUUUUUUUAUAAUAAUUUGAUCCGGUGGGAUAUCACAAUUCUACAUGCCAUCAAUAUGUGUAAUAUGAUAUAUCGUAUAUUUCUUUCCAUUUUUCCUUCCAGAAUGCCCAAUAGGAAUAGUUCCGGGUUUUUUUUCCUAUUUUCUGCCCUUUUAUUUCAUCCAGCCAGAUUUUUAUCUUCCCCCAAAAUUUCUUAAUCUUAGGGCAGGUCCACCACAUGUAGACGUAGACUUACUUUCUUUUAUUUUUUGAACCCGGGGCCUUCCUGGGUAGUAGCCACCCUGCUUCUGGCAUAGCUUUCGGGGGCAGCCUCAGCAAGCCUUCCCCAGCCGCAGCAGCCCCCCUUCGCCCUCCCCCCCCAGCUCUCCCUCCCCCUUGCACGGGCUGCCUUCCCGCCUCCUCUUGCAUGUCUGCUAUCUGAUCCAGGAUACGUGAUCUGCCGGCUCGACCACACACUUCCAACCACACUCUGCUCUCCUGCCUCACACGCAGACGCCAGGGCUGCCAUUCUGCCAAGAUGCCGGCUUCUCUGCCAGCGGCGAUGGCUCUCCCCUGGCCUUGCUGAGCUCCCAGGAUGCUGCCAGGCGUGCCACCCUUGGUCUUGCUCUGCCUGGCCUUCUCCUUAGGGCAUCCCUGCCCUGCCACCUGCAGCUGCACAGACUCUCACACGGUCGAUUGCCGGGGCCGGGGGCUGCCUGGCGUGCCCACCCCGCUCCCCCUGGACGUACGGAAGCUCCUGAUGGGCAACAACAGCAUCCAGAGGGUCCCGGAGGACUUCUUCAUCUUCCACAGUGACCUGGUCUAUUUGGAGUUCAGGAACAAUGCCAUCGCUGCCCUGCCGGAUGGCACCUUCGGCAGCUCCGGCAAGCUGGUCUACUUAGAUCUGAGCUACAACAACUUGAGUCGGCUGGGCGCUGGCCUCUUUCGCUCAGCUGAACGGCUGGUCAAACUCUGCCUGGGGAACAACCGCCUGGCCGAGGUGGAUGAGGCGGCUUUUGCCAGCCUCGAGCAUCUCCAGGUGCUGGAGCUGAACCACAACCGCUUGCAGAGGCUGAGCGUGGCCACCCUGGCCGACCUGCCCAACCUCCGGGUCCUCCGCCUGGAGGGCAACCCCUGGCCGUGCAACUGUGACUUUGCCGGCCUUUUCAGCUGGCUGCAGGAGAACGCGUUCAGACUGCCCCAAGGUCUGGGUGAGAUCCAGUGCACCCCACCCACGGAGGACAGCUCCGUCCGGCUCAGCGAACUGACGGAAGCCAGUUUCCGGGACUGCAAGUUCCGUCUGUCUCUGGUGGACCUCCUGAUCAUCAUCUUCUCUGGGGCGGCUGUCUCCGUCGCGGCCAUUAUCUCCAGCUUUGUUCUGGCACUGCUUGUGAACUGUUUCCAGCGAUGCACGCCCAGAAAAGAGGAUGAAGAAGAGGAAGAGGAGGAGGAGGAGGAGGAAGGCUGAGCGCCCUUCUCUUUCCUUGCGCCCACCUGCCAAAGGAAGCCAGGGACUGCCUCCACUUGCUGAAAAGGACAGCUGUGGGCUGAAGGGUCCCUCUCCCAUGGGCUGAGCAGGAUUGACAGGAUGAGAUUACUUUGGGAUCCUCCCCAGUGACUCUCUCAGGAGGCAAGAAGAGGCCCAGAAGCAGGAGGCCGAUUGGCGCUUUCAGUGGGCGCUUUGUUUUAAAUCUUCUCUCUGUGGACAGCAGGAAAUCCAUCUGUACAAAUCUCCUUUGGUCCCAAGAAGCGGCCCCAUGGAGCUCCAUGCUGCUGCCUUCACUUCUGCAGCUGCCCUCUGUGCCUGUUGCCACUUGGCUGGCUCCCUCCCUGCCCAAGCCACUCAGGAGUUGCCUCCUCACGCCCGGCUUGGCUUGCCAGCCCCUAGCUGAGCAAAGGCAGCCCUUGCCCACCGCCCAGUCUGGGACGUCUCCCGUUGUGGGGGAGAGUCAGGAGGGUGGCUCCUCCCCCCCCCCCCCCCCGUGUCUCAGUAACAGGAGGAGGCCAGCCCAACUCCCCACCCCCACCCCCCCGGGGCUCUCAAGCACAGCGCCUGGAUAGCUGCCAUUUUCUUCUUCUCUUCAUUUGGCGUUUCCUUCGUUUUCAUGGAAAAGAAAUGGCCCCUGGCUCUUUGUUUUAUUUUUAUUUAUUUAUUUUUGUCAAUCAUAUAUAAUAUAACAGGUAAAAGUAUAAACAUAGUUUGGAUACAUGAAAAGAGUAAGUAAAAAAAGGAAUAUUAGGACAAGGACAGUAGACACGCAGAUGCGCUUAUGCUUGGCCCCUUACAGACCUCUUAGGAAUGGGGUGAGGUCAACAGUACACAGUCUAAGGUUAAAGUUUUGUGAGUUUGGGGAAGAAACUGCAGAGUCAGGUAAUGCAUUCCAGGCAUUGACCACUCUGUUACUGAAGUCAUAUUUUCUGCAAUCAAGUUUGGAGCGGUUUACCUUGAGUUUCUAUCUGUUAUUUGCUCGUGUAUUGUUGUGGUUGAAGCUGAAGUAGUCAUUGACAGGUAGGACAGUGUGGUAGAUAAUUUUAUGUACUAUGCAAAAGGUCAAAUGGUGGGAUCCUUGCCCUCCCCUCCGCUUUUGAGUGUCUCUGAGGGGUCUUCGCAGAAGCACUGCUACCACUUGGCUUCCCAUGUGCCCCCUUCUCCAUCAUUUGAUCCCAAACACUUGGUUGGGAAGGUUCUGCUAUUUCAAAAUGUAACUAAACGUCAGCCUAAACCUGCCAACGUGGGAAUCAGGCACACAGAUUGAAAUGCAAGGCUGAUCAAUCUGGGCAGCGGAAUGCUUUGGUCAUUGCUGGGUAAUGGGCGAUGGGGGUGAGGCUGCCCAGUCUUGCUGAGAGCAGCAGGAUUCCAGGGGGCAUCCUGGGACCAAAGCCUUUAAGAGUAUAAAAAGUAUAAACAUAGUUUGGAUUCAUGAAAAGAGUAAGUAAAAAAAGGAAUAUUAGGACAAGAACAGUAGACAUGCAGAUACGCUUAUGCUUGGCCCCUUACAGACCUCUUAGGAAUGGGGUGAGGUCAACAGUACACAGUCUAAGUUUAUGGGGGUUUGGGGAAGAAACUAUAGAGUCAGGUAGUGCAUUCCAGGCAUUGACCACUCUGUUACUGAAAUCGUAUUUCCUGCAAUCGAGUUUGGAGCGGUUCACUUUAAGUUUGUAUCUAUUGUGUGCUUGUGUAUUGUUGUGGUUGAAGCUGAAGUAGUCAGUGACAGGUAGGACAUUGUAGCAGAUGAGUUUACGAGCUAUGCUCAGGUCAUACCGAAGGCUGCGUAGUUCUAAAUUUUCUAAACCCAGAAUUUCAAGCCUGGUAGCAUAAGGUAUUUCGUUGCGAGCGGAGGAGUGGAGGACUGUUCUUGCAGUGUGGGUUCCAGACAGAUGAGCUGUAUUCGAGAAUUGGUCUAGCAAAUGUUCUGUAUGCUCUGGUUAGUAGUGUAAUAUUACCGGGGAAGAAGCUACGCAAGAUUAGGUUAACAACUCUUAGUGCCUUUUUGGCAAUGUUGUUACAGUAGGCACUGUCUCUUAGAUCAUUAGAAAUGAGAGCACAAAAUGCCUCGAUGGAAAAUCCUCAUUGCUACAUUUUGAAACCUGUGACAUGGAAGGAUCUACUGUGGACAUUUCUGGAAAUGCUAAAAUGGAUCCCAGGGAUCCACUGCUGGGAGCGUCCAGAUUGUUGGCUUUCUUCUAUCCUGACCCUCUUAGAAAAGAACAUUUAGUGCUCCAGCUUUCAUGCAUGCGUUUCCUUAUAACAGCUUCCAUGCCAUUCCCUUGGCAACAGUGUGGAAGUGGGAAGGGAUUUUUUUAAAAUUCCCAGAGAAGCCCCCAGUCCCCUUUCUCCCUUAUGGAUCCCCCC